ACGGUGUGUAUGUGAGGGCCAGAGUGUGUGACUUGAUUUGAAAGCACGUGUUGUGAACGAAACCCAAAACACAUUUCAAACGACUCCUCAGUGAAGCACAUCUGCGGAGAGGAAUAUAACAAUGAGUGAACAGACGAGUGAAGUGAACCCCAAAGCGUAUCCGUUGGCGGACAACGCGUUGACCACAAAGAUCUUCAAUGUCUUACAGCAGGCAAACAAUUACAAACAGCUGAAGAAAGGCGCCAACGAAGCGACCAAAACAUUGAACAGAAAUCUAUCGGAACUGAUAAUAAUGGCUGCGGACGCGGAACCCAUUGAAAUCCUUCUUCAUUUGCCGCUCCUCUGCGAGGAUAAGAACGUUCCGUACGUUUUCGUCAACUCGAAGCACGCGUUGGGCAGAGCGUGUGGAGUCGCCCGACAGGUGAUCGCCUGUUCAAUCACUAUCAACGAGGGCUCACAACUCAAGCCACAGAUCGAAACACUUCAACGCGAGAUCGAAAAGCUGUUGAUUUGAAUUCAAUACCUAAUCAUUGAAUUGUCAUUUAAUGUAUUGCUUUCUCUUCAAUAAAGUUGUUCACGAGUUUUGAAA